AGCAAUUACUAGAGUGAUUUCUUUUGUCAGAUUUUUAAAUAAAUAAAAAACUAUACACUUACCCAUUGUUCCAUUUCAGUUACUUUGUGACAGCUUUGAUGGUUUAUAAAAAACAUGGUUAUUAUUAUUAUUAUUACAGCCCGGACAGGAGAAGCUAUUAGCACAGGCACCUUUAACAUGUGGUUUGGCGAUGUUGAAAGCCUGGUGACGUUUCUGAAGGCCAUUCAGAAAGACACUUUUGUAUUGAUCGCAACAUUUGACGAUGGAGCAACCAAGAUUACUGCUGAAGCAAGGGAACUUAUUGCUGAGCUUGGAAGUUCAGCCAUCAACAGUUUAGCCUUCCGUGAUAACUGGGUCUUUGCUGGAGGGAAAGGAAUCACUGGCAAGAGUCCAUUUGAACAGCAUGCAAAAAACAACAAGUCAAACAACAAAUAUGACAACUGGCCUGAGCUACUGGAACUGAAGGGUUGCCUCCCACAGAAGCUGGAUUAAAACUGGAUGAAGUGGGGAAAAGACCUACAUGAAGAUUGUGACUGAAUAAUGUUGGAUGCUUGGACAUGGUAGUCCUGGUCAUGGUCAUGGCAGUCCUCUGUACUGUACCUCUGUCUGAG